ACCUUCACUAAACACUAAACAAACACAAAAAAUGGCCGGUGCCUUCAAAUACGUUUUCGUAGCUGUUGCUAUCUUCUGCUAUAUGCAGCAAGCUGAGAUGGCCCGUUUGCCACGCAGCACCGGCACUGAACCCGCUCUCCCCGCCAACAUCUUCGAAGCUUUCACCAAGCCCGAAUUCUGGAACUCCCUCCAAAAGAACUUGACUGAUGCUUUCACCGAAGAAAACUUGAAGAAAUACGGCAUCCGCCCGGAUGACGUCAAGGAAGGUUUCGCCAAGGUCCAAGAAAAUGUCCAAUCUGGUCUCGCUGAAUUGCAAAAGAACUUCAACAACUUGGUUGAACAAACCCAACACGCCAACACCGAAGUCAAGCCCAAGAAGAACGGUCCCAAGACCAAGUAA